AUGAGUAAUUAUUAUAAUAAAAACAAGAAAUCAUAUUCUGAUGUAGAAUUACCCACAAAUCCUAAUUUACCAAGUUGGAUAAUCACUCCUAAAGAAGAAAAAGCCGUAUUUGAACGAUGGAGAAAAAGAGCAUUUGCUAGAUGUGAUGAAUUAAUUAAUAAAUAUAUUGAAUGUUCCAAUAGUUAUUCUAAUCCUGUGGAUGCCGUUAAGAAAUGUCAAAAAAUAAAUGAAGAAAGUUUAGCUUGUGUAGCACAAUAUCAAACUAAAGAAUAUUUAGAUAUUGAAAAAGAUUUGUUUAUUAAAGAAAAAUUGGAAAAGAAGAAGUUAUACAAAUUAUAUUUAGAAAAGCAAAUGCAAGAGAAACAACAACAGCAACAACAAGAGAAACAAGGUUGA